GUUGUUGUUGCCAUUGACUUUGGUACGACAUUUAGUGGAUAUGCCUUCAGUUUCGUGAGAGAUCCAGAGAAUAUUUUGAUGAUGAGAAAAUGGGAAGGAGGUGAUCCAGGAGUCAUCAACCAAAAGACACCAACCAUCAUUUUAUUAGAACCUCAUGGAAAAUUCCAUUCCUUUGGGUUUACUGCCAGAGAUGCCUACAACGAUUUGGACCCAAAGGAUGCGGCUUCCUGGCUGUAUUUCGACAAGUUUAAAAUGGUUUUACAUCACCAAUCGGAGUUAACGAAAGACACAAUGAUUGCUGCCAGUAAUGGAAUGAUGUUUCCAGCUCUCAACAUUUUCGCUUAUGCCCUCAAAUUUUUAAAAGAUCACGCUCUACAGGAAUUGAGUGAUCAAAGUGGGUUUGAAAUAGUCAAUGAAGAUAUCAGAUGGGUAAUAACUGUUCCUGCCAUUUGGAAAGCACCAGCUAAACAAUUCAUGAGACAAGCUGCUUAUAGUGCGAGCCUGGUGUCAUCGGAUUCACCUGAUAAACUAUUGAUCGCAUUAGAACCUGAGGCUGCUUCUAUAUAUUGUCGAAAGUUAAAAAUGCACCAACUGAUUCCCGAGUAUCCUAUACAGAGACCACUACAGUCACCAAAACAUGCUCGACCAGAACAAAUAGAUACUUCCGACGCCUGUAAUAUUGAUGCAGGUAAAUAUAAUAUGCAGCACAUUGAUCAUAACUUUUGUGAGAGGACGAGGUAUAUGGUAGUAGACUGUGGUGGAGGUACAGUAGAUAUUACUGUACAUGAACUCAAUCUUGAUGGUAAACUGGUAGAACUUCAUAAAGCAACUGGUGGUCCAUAUGGAGCAGUAGGUGUCGAUAUUGAAUUCGAGAAGUUGUUAUGUUGUAUUUUCGGAAAGGAAUUUAUUAUAAACUAUAAACAGCGAUAUCCUGUGGGUUGGGUUAAUUUGAUGGCCAACUUUGAAUCCAGAAAAAGAUCAGCCAAUCCAACAAAACCAUCGUCUUCAAAUAUUUCGUUGCCGUUUUCAUUUAUUGAUUAUCACAAGAAACAUAGAGGGAGACAAGUAGAAAGUAUGGUCAAGAAACAUGGUGAUAAAGAUGUGCGAUGGUCAGCUCAAGGAAUGUUACGACUCAGUCCUGAAGCUAUGAAAUUAUUAUUUAUACCAACCAUUGAUAAAAUAAAACAGGCUAUUGGUGAUGUUAUAAAUCAUCCAAAUGCUAGAAGGUUGAAGUAUAUGUUUUUAGUCGGUGGAUUUGCUGAAUCUCCGAUAGUCCAACAUGAGAUCAGAAAAGAAUUUGAUAGUAAUAAAAAACACAUUGUAAAGGUUUUAAUACCACAGGCUGUAAGUCUGGCCAUAUUGAAAGGUGCCGUUAUGUAUGGAUUAGAUCCUACAGUAGUCAAUGUAAGAAGAUCAAGAUUGACGUAUGGUAUUGGUGUACUUAAUAGAUUCGAUACCGAGAAACAUCCUCAGUCUAAACUAGUUACCAGAGAUGAUAAAGAAUGGUGUACUGAUGUGUUCGAGAAGUUUGUAGUCACUGAUGAGCCAGUAGCAUUAGGAGACGUCGUAUUAAAGAGUUACACACCAGCUGUUUCAGGACAAAAUAAAAGUAUUAUCAAUAUAUAUUGUAGUGAGGAUGAAAACGUACAAUUUAUAACUGAUAUUGGUGUCAUGAAAUGUGGCACUUUGACUCUUGAUCUGUCAGAAAAUGAUAUUGACGUUCUGCCAUACAGACGUGAAAUACAGAUCCUUAUGUGUUUUGGUGACACAGAAAUUAAAGUCAGUGCACAGGAUAUUUCAACAGGCCAAGUUGUGAGAAGCACUAUAGAUUUCUUGAAUAAGUAA